GAGCGGCAUUACCGCGCCGCCCGGCGAUUACCGCGGACCGAGUAUAUUCAAUUGGCCGUGUUCAGUCCGGCCGGCUAGGUCGAUAAACCCCGUGGUACGUGUUCGUAUGGCAGAGUGAAAAUGGUCGAGGUGAAGAUAACCGAGGACAUCCGAGUCGGCGGGACCAACCCCUGCUUCAUAAUCGCCGAAGUCGGCCAGAACCACCAAGGUGACAUUGAAUUAGCGAAAAAACUAAUCAAAGCGGCAAAGGAAGCAGGAGCUAGUUGUGUUAAAUUUCAGAAGACAUGCCUCAAAGAGAAAUUCACAAAGAAGUAUUUGGAGAGGCCCUACGAUAGCUCUAAUUCCUGGGGAAAGACGUAUGGAGACCACAAACAACAUUUGGAAUUCUCAGAGAGUCAAUACAGAGAACUGUUCAAAUAUGCGCAUGAAGUCGGAAUACUGUUUACCGCGUCUGCUAUGGACAUGGUAUCAUUCGACUUCCUAGUAAACAUGAAGGUGCCAUUCAUAAAAAUCGGAUCAGGCGAUUCCAACAACCUCCUCUUCCUGAAAUACGCCGCAUCCAAGAACGUUCCUCUGAUCAUUUCAACGGGGAUGGUCGACAAGCAGGCAGUGAAAACUAUCUACGACAUAAUAUCGGCUCAGCACAAGAACUUCUGCCUGCUACAUUGCAUAUCGGCGUACCCUGUGCCAUUUGAGGACUGCAAUCUGACAGUUCUGCAGGAUUACAAAAACACUUUCGAUAUUCCUGUCGGUUAUUCUGGUCAGGAAGUUGGUACGGCGGUGGCUUUGGGCGCAGUGGCUUUGGGUGCUAAGGUGUUAGAGAAACACAUAACCCUUGACAAAACGAUGAAGGGGACGGACCACGUGUGCUCGCUCACGCCGGAGGAGUUCGCUCAGCUGGUGCGCGACGUGCGAGUCAUCGAGGCGUCGCUCGGCACGCCCAUCAAGAAGGUCGUCACUUCAGAAAUCCCAUGCAUCGACAAGCUCCAGAAAUCUCUAGUUAUGGGCUGCACGAAGAACAAAGGAGAGAUUCUGUACCCGGGCGACGUAAAAAUAAAAGUGGCCGAGCCUAAAGGACUAAACGCUCUCCAUUUCGAAGAGGUUAUUUAUAAAACGCUGGUAUAUGAUAAAAAGGAGGAUGAACCUUUGAACGAAGGAGAUUUCUGCUAAGACUGACUUUCUCGUAUGAAAUUAUAUCCACAUGUAUAUGAUAAUAAUUGUAUGAAAAAAAUACAUUGUAUUUAACAAACGAUCAACUUCUCAAACGCUUUAUAUAACUAAAUUGAGAUGCUAUCAUGAUAUUUCAAAUUACACCAUUUUACUACUAACAUUUAUGCAACAUUAAUGCAGUCCAGUCACUCCAGUCCGUUUAC